UGAACAUGCUCAAGGUCAGUCUAGCGUCGCUCAAAGGUCGUCCAUAAGUUGUGGUCUCACUGCUUGUGAUGCUUUCUUGUAGCCUUGUUGACGUCACAGUUACCAGCCCAAGCUUUGUUGAUAUGGAAAUUUUCUACUUAUGGGUACAUGGACGAACUAUUUCUCAGGCUUGCACAAUCAUGGCCCAAUCGCCUUCAGUAGAGGAGUAUGGUAUGACAAACGAUAUGUUGGCCGCACAUAUCAGAGACCACUUUGCUCAAUUCACACUUUUGGAAUCAGGUUUACGACAUCCGAAUUCUUUCAUGCAAGAUUGUGCAUACCACCAGCUUACACCAGAAACUCGCAAACAAUUGAUUCACUUGUACGUGUUGACCUCAUUCCCCUGUUUUUCCUUUACCUUGCUGCAUUCAGGAAAAGUGUUUCAGAUUUCUAAAAGUAGUUGGCAUACAGAAGAUCACAUAUUAGCUGAUUUAUUCACCUUAAAAUCUAGGCAUUCUUCGCGUGCUGGUUUUAUCAAAGCUGAUAUGGGACAAAUACCCACAAGUAAACCCAGUGACCGGAAAACGCGCUAAGUUAACAUUGUACGUUCAUACUGGGAUCUUGUAGGUCGUCACUCCACUAUAUCGGACCUUAGUCAAUGCGACCAGUAUGCCCAUUUAUCAGCGCUUACAGCAGUGACGCAAGCAUUUGGUCAUUAUAUUUUGCCUUCCAAUAAUUCGGCGACCUACCACAGAAAUGUUAGAUAAAUACUUUACAUAAUUCAGAUAUACCUAUCCAUUCUCCGUAUUCAAAAACAACUGGGAUUCUCGUACGCAAAUGUUUUCCACAAAAUCUACGCAAUACUAUUCCCUUGAUGAGAGUUUUUUACGUGAAUUUGUUGGCAGAAGGUUAUCAAAUAAAUCCCGACGGGAAUUAUCUGAUAUUGCAGAAAGAUGUGAACUUCAACUAAGGAGUUGUAAAAGGCAGUUUGAUAAUUUGUCGUGUGUCGCCCGCCGGACUGAAGAUUUACCUGGUCCACUAACAGAUAAUAUAAAGAAUUGUUUUCUUCUACCAGAAUGGCUUGCCGAAUGUUAUGCCGCUGUUAUAUUUAUUGCAAGUAACAGAUUUGAAACGUCUAAGAAGUGUCUUUCAUAUCUUACUUUUGAGAACUUGGCAUACUGUGCAGGUCAGCUAAUGACUCAUUGGUCAACUAGUGGUAAAGAUCAGAAAGGUGAAACGGUUGUCAGUAUUGAUUUGGACCUUCAAUUUUUUCAUGAUCUUAAAGAAUGUAAACCACUGAUUGAGAAAAAAGAAUAUUUAGAUAAGCAUAAACUACUUGUUAUUCGCAAUCUCUCUGAAAUUCAAGCAAAAAUCAUUCUAACAAAUUUAGACUCCAACUUCAAACCUAUCUCCAAAGCAGUGAUAAAUUUAGCCUGUGGUCUAAGCCACGCUCGAGAAAUGCGAAACUUUUUCUUGGACAUUAUUGAAAAGUUAAUUGAACCAAUGCGAGCACUGAACUGGCCAUCAAGAGAAGUUAAAAUGUUUUUCGAUGCUUAUCAUAAUACCGUUAAGGCUCUACCUCUUGGAAGAUCCUCAACUUUCCUCACUAUAUGGACACGUUUCAUCAUUCCAUUUUCGAAUUGUGUAAUCCACUUAUAUCAUAAUCAAUCUAUGUGAAUAAAAACGAUAAUUCACAAUAAUUUCUAUGCAGCAACAACAAUUACCAUUAUAGGAUAAAUCGAGUUCAUUCCAUGUCGUGUGCUCUAAUUCUCUCAUGUACGCACUGGUUUGUAUCAAUACAUAAAAUGUUUUACAUUGUAGCUAUAUGUGUAUGAAGUCAUUUAGUUCACCACUAAAAUAUAGUUAUAGCUUCUUUUAAUGUGGAGUCUUUAAUCACUGAUUUCCCACCAGAAGAGACCGUUGACAUGCAGUCAUGCUGUACUUGCAAUAGUACGUACUUUGGAAUAUCAUAGAGACUUAUCUAAAAGAACCUCGGGAUAUACGCCGAAUAACUUGGUCGUGAAUUGCUCCAAACUACCUGGUGGUGUCAUAGGAAGACAUAAAUUGGACACUAAUCAUCCAGUAAAUCCUGAUACUACCUUCCAUGUGAUAAAUAUACAGGACUAUUUCAGAGUCCUACUUAUGCAGAAGGCGCUGUUGUCAGGUGUCUCAACAUGAAUUUGUGUGUACAACAGGAACUUGUGGUUUACUUGACACUCGAGGUGACCGUUUUGCUGAUAACCUUCCCUUCCAUUUUUCCUCUAUCAUCUUUAAAGAUAUUUUAAACUGUCAGCAAUUUCUUAAAUCUGCUUAGUUUGCCUAACCUCACUUUCAUUUGAUCACAGUAACACAUUCAUUGUUCAUUUUAGUCAUUUUCAUUCCUGAUUUGUGGUUAUUACAACUGGUGUUGUUAUUUUAGCACUAUUCAAUAAAAUGUUUGACCUCUUAUCUAUUUAGUAUUUUGUUUUCGCAUAUCCUCUUCAACUAUUAUUGUCAUUAUUAGUGUUAUUAUCACCAUUAUUAUGAUCACUUUUAUAAUUGAUUUUCGGUUGUUACCAUCGAUUUCAUCAUUCUGUCUACUGUAAUCAUAAAAAUUUGUACUUGCUUCUUCUGCCCAUUCACGUCAUAUCCUUCCCCUCACUUAAUCUGUCUUGAACGAGAAUACAAGCGGAAACAAUCGAAUGUAUUUGAAUACAAAAUAACAGAACAUCUUAGUAAAAUCUGAGAACCAUACAGUAAAUAAUUCAUUUGAAAAAUGUCCAUCAAUUGUCUCAGACUUUAAUGUUCCUUUAUUUUUGUACCAAUCCUUCUUUGUUCUCCUUCUCUUCUCUUCGAUCUUCUCAACCUACUGCCGCCAGGUAUUCCAUUUUCCAUUGAUGAUACAUACUAGUUAUGUCUGUCAACAUCAGCAGCACACACCACAAUCCAUUCACCCAUAAACUAGACUUGUACGAAUAGGAUUCAAUGUUAGAAACAGGAUUUACACACAUUAUUUUAAAUAGUACACUACCAUUAUUUGGUAAAUUGAAAUGGUUCAGUAUUGAAAAUUUAACGAAUAUCAAUAAAUUGCACAAAUUAAAAACUAUACAUUCUCAUAAAUGUUUUAAUAAAACAAUUCAAAUGUUUGAUGAUUGUUGGAAUUAUAUAAGACAACUAUUUAUUGAAUAUUUAAUUCCAAUAGAAAAUAACAAUGAUCGAGUUAUUAUUGAAACAUUUGAACAAACUCAAAGAAAUGAAACAAUAAGAACCAUAAAUAAUGUAACCUAUUUGAAUUUUUUAAAUGCACUAUGUUUAACUGCAUGUUAUAGUCGAUAUCAAGAAAAUUUAGAACCGAUUAUAAAUGAUCGUGUUUUUUGUCCAUUCCCAUGUGUUAUACAAGAAGACUGUUCAUUUAAUGUAUGUAAAAAUUAUGGUAUAUUUACACAUGAAUAUGAAUGUCCUUGUGAUAAUUCAAGUAAAUGGGAUAGAGAUAGUAAUGAAUGCUUACCAGAUAGUAUAUACAAGAUAAGACAAACGAGAAAUUAUCCUGAUAUGUUAACGAAAGAAAAGAUUCGAAGGCAAAGAAGCCCGAGGAAUUGUGAGCCCUAUAGUAAAUGUAGUAAAAAUGGAACAUUAUUUUGUACAUUGGAUUCAAAUUAUGAGGUUAGUAAAAUAAUUUAUUCACUGUAUUGUGUACUGAGCAUAAAUAUUAUCCGUAAAAUAAGUUGCUUAUCGAAAACAGGUAGUUCGAAAAUUUAGGGUGUCGGAAUUGAAUACAUUUUGAUGAGUUGUUGAUGUUGUUGACUAUGUACUAGUGAAUGUAUCAUGUGGAGAACGUAUUACUUCUGCCUGCGUAAAUGAAGGAUGUGAAUGUUCUCGAAAGUAUCUACAUUGUCCACGUCUGUAUUUUAUCUUUAGACUGAGCAUAAUUUCUUUAUAGGAAUUUGGCUUUAUUUCUUGGUCAGUUAUGAAAUAUUUCUUAGAACAAUAUACUUUUAAUUCAUGCUAUAAAAUGUCAUGAGUAAAUCAGUUUUACCGUUGAUAUCGGAUGGAAAUUACUUUCUGUCAAAAAGUGGUUGAACCUGGAAAUGGAAUAUUGGAUUCUAUAUAAGAGAAUUGGAAACAGACGCGAAAAGGAUGAUUAGCAACUACAAAGGAUUGCCUAUGACAGAGUUGGAUGGAGAAUGUUGGUGGGUGGCCUAUGCUCCUUCACGAGGGGUAACAGGGGUAAGUAAGUAAGUAAGUACAGCAUAAUAUAAAGAGGUUAAAAAGGACGAAGUUAAAAAUUAAAAAAAAUUAACUUAUUGUAUAUAAUGUAAUAUAAUUAGAUGGCAUCGAAAAUGUAUAGGUAAUUAGAUGUAUUAUACAUAUUAUGUUCCUCAAAAAAUCGUAAUAACACAGAGUUCUAGGUUAGUUGAAAACUUUUUAGAAAGUACUGAAGUACGACACAAUUUCUGCUUUGUAAAUUUUGUAACCUUAUCUUACUAUGUAUUCUAUAAUAUGGUAUUGUACGUUUAGAAAACUCUUAUCUAGUGAUUUAAUUUGCUGCACAGUUGUUCUAUGUAAAUAAACCACAUAGACGUCAACUCAUUUUUACAGCCAGUGUGAUAAUUCUUCUAACUAAACGUUUAAACCGGUUUCCUAAGCUCUUCUAAUAACCUCAGACUAAAUAUACUCGGCAACUUGAACUUGAGAACAAAGGCACGAAAUGUGGAAAGAAGGCUUUACUUUAAGGUUGGUUUAUGUGCAAAAAAUCGAGGGUAUUUAUAGUAUUGCAGAUGGCCUUGGGCUUCUGGAACGUAAAUAAACAUAGUAUCAUGGUAGGUAAUCGUCCAAUCAGGAAUGUGACACGUGACUUUUCGCAUUCUAGAUGUUUCUGAGACACUUUCAUUCAACGUUGAUAGGAUAAAAUGUUUCCUAGCGUUUUCAGAGUAACUUUGGACAUUUUUGAGGAAUACUCUAGAUCUCCUCAACACAAUCACAAAUAUUAGUGUAUCAAUUUGACAAGUAGAAUUUUAUUUAAAUAUUUUACAGAUUUUGUUUUAAUAUCUACUUUUUCUAAAUUUAAUUAGCUUUGAAAUUGAAGUUUAAAAUAUCGGCAACCAUGAUUGUUAAAUAUUUUCGAUGAAGCUUAUUUUCAUAUUUCUUACUAUGCUAGUUAAAUUUUGAUGAUUAACGAAAAUGAUUGGUUAAUUAAUCGGUUGUAUUCUUUCCAGUAGUUGAUAAUCAGCAAGCUCAAAAUGACCAUCAAAAUUCAGUUCGAUUAGACAUGUAUCGGAAAAAAUUGUUUUCUUUUUCUUUUGUCAUUUAUUUACUUUAAGUAUACAAUAUGUGUGUGCAAACUUGAUUAUCACGGUAGUUAUUGCCAAGACAAAAUAAAUGCUUGUCUAUUUCGUAUUGAACAUCAUUUGCAACCAAAUGGUGGAACAUUAAUUGCUGGUAAUACAGCAUGUAAUGUUAAUAGUUCAGGCAAUAAAUGUGUCGCAUUAAUAAGUGCUGAGCGUGACGCAUCAUAUCAAUGUCUAUGUAAUGAAACGCACUGGAUACCAGAUAUUGAAUUACCUUAUCCUAAUUGCUUACAAAAACAGACAAAGUGCGAUUCUAUUGUAUGUGUACAUGGAUUUUGUGUUUCAAAUAAUCAUACUGAUCAGGUAAGUGGUUAUGUUAUACCUUUAUACGUAGUAUUCUAUCGAAUUGUGUAAAUAAAAGUUUGAAUAAACAAUAAUGUGUGAAACAGUUGAAAUGGCUUAUCUUUUCUUGAAAACUCUUAGCUGAAUAAUUAUCUGUGUAAUAAACAUUGAAGACUAGGAUAGUGUUCAGUAACUACGACAUCUCUAAUCAUACUGAAAUAUGUUGUUGUUUAUUGAAAGUUCUGGUACGAAGAUAAUGAAACCCUUCACUGUCGCUGGUAGUAUUAAUCUCUUUACGAUGGUUAGCUGGCUCAUUCGAAUCACUUUUAUUGUGAGGUAUAAUCGAUCAAGUUUUAAGUUAUGAAAAAGUAUCAACUUAUAAAUUUGUGAAAAUGAAACGAGUAUUUGCUCAGGAAUACUAUUAUCUACUAAGAUCUUCAGUUGAAAAGUGAUGUAAAGCGAGUUUAAAUCACUCCAAUGCCAAUAAAUUGAUAGUAGUAUUUAUCUUGCCUAUAGGUAUCCUUUUCAUGCAGUUCUCGUAACUCUGCAAAAUCACAGUCUGAGCGUAGCUUCAGUCAAAAUAACUAAAAUUUCGUCUUGUUUUUUGAAGAUAAAUUUCUUGUUCUGUUUAAAAAACCAAAAACAUUUAUGUCAAACUUGAAGCAAACUUUUCAAGAUCCUACGUAGAAUCUAAUGACUGAAUUUUUUUCUCUACGAGAAGUUGUAGGAUUCAACAUACAAUGCUUCGAAAAAAAGUUUUCUCUUGAUUGUUUUUUUCGGAAACUAACACUUUUAUAUUACAAUCUUCCGCGAAAUAAAUUUUAAUUUCACAAUCCUUUGUUUCCUCACUGAUUGAAGGAUAUAUUGAAUUGAUACAUCCUACUCGAUAUCAAAUAUACCUAAGCGAUAUACAAUGUAAUCCCCAUACUUUGUCAACUGGUUUGAUAAACCAUAUAUCUCACGCUAAAAACACUAACUUAGCACAAAAUAUAUAUAUAUAAUUUUCAUGUAAAAUUUGUUUCUUUAAAAAGGCUAAAUGUGUAUGCGAUCCUGGUUACAGUGGACCUGCUUGCGAAGAAUGGGUUGGUGUAUGGUCGGAAUGGUCAGAAUGGGGUCAGUGUCGACCAUCCUGUGGAGAUAUACGUUACAGUUUACGCCAGAGAGAUUGUUUAUCAAUGAAAUUAGGGAAUAAAUCAAAGCUAUGUUUAGGUCCACCCAUUGAAUAUGUUAAAUGUUCGGAACAUUUAUGUAUGUAUAAAGGUGUAUCUUAUCACUAUUUAUACUAUUCAAUACAACAGAAUAUUAUUGCUAUAAGUUUUACAUUUAAUGCUGUGGUUUGUGUCACAGUUAUUGUAAUUUGGAGCUUAUUGUUUUUGGCAUCCACAAAAUCAUUUUAUAGUUUACUAAAAAAAUUAUAUUCGCAAAGAAGACAAAUUAAAAUAAAGACGUUGAGACGUGCAACAUUGGAACAAGAUGAAAGUGAAAUGUCUGUGAAUCGAUGUGAAAAUAUUAACAAUACAAGAGAAGACAAUGACGAAACUAAUAAAUAUUAAUGGAUGACAGGUUUUUACUGUUACGAGUUUAUACAUUUUACAAACUCAGAACGUUUACUGUGUUUAAUCAUUCAUCAUUAAAUCUAAUGGUUAUAAAUCAGCUUAAGCAAUUUUUUAUCGUCUUAUUAUUUAAAAUAGAUAUCCAUUGUGAAAUCCUUUUAAACCAUAUGUUAUUGAUAGGUUGGGGAUCGACUGAAGUUAACCAUCUAAUUUUACAGGAGAAAUAAACGAGUACUUUAUGUCCUGAAACUAGAAUUACGAAAAAUAAAAGUGCAGCGUAUCAACUUCGAUUAUUUCGACGAUAGUUACCAGCACAGACAGCUAUCAUUUGGAGAGCCAUUGAACUUCAGGGAGUACUAAGAGAAUAUUUCGGUUUAAUUAAGUAUUUCUGAGUAAUGAGUACUUACGCCACCCAUUUGGUCGAACCUUCAAUUGUCGAUCCUCAAGAAGAGAAAAAUACCAUCAACCCAAUUAAUCCAAUUUCAAAACGCCGUAUUUCCCUAUCUGCUGUUAUAGGGGUGCAGACAAUCUCAUCGCAGAGAUUAAAACCUGAAUAUCUCAGUGGCAAAGUUUCUGACUGCUCUACUAGAUAAGGAAGGUCCAAGCAUCUAAGAGAGCACCGAUUAACUUAUAACUGCAGAUACUCCAUGCUAACUGAUACAAACCAGCACAUUACUUGAGUUUCGAGCUUAUUCUCGAAUGCUCCCAACUAUGUGAUAUUCAAGACAGCCCACAGCGGUAACAACUCACUUAACUCGAUGAUCACAUUGCAAACAUGAUGGAGAGAAGUCGAUUGACUUUGAGGACUACACAACAAGAGAUAAGUUGCUACGCACUGAAAAGAAAAUUAUCCUGUCUGGAUUAUAAUACACAAGUGUAAUGAAGGCCCGUAACUGAACACCUAAUCUAAGGAAAAAACACCAUUCACACUAAGGAACUUAUAAUUUUAUCUGUAUAGUAGGAACAUAUUAUUAGACAAAGAAUUUACAUUCUCUUCCUCGUUGAAGCCUUACUAAAUAUAAACUACUAUUUAGAUGUCUAUUUAAAAUUUCUGAGCAAUCAUUGUGAACAGAUAAAGUUUACAGAUGCGUAGUCCUUCAGUCAGUCAGUAAC